GUUUUAUUGAAGCAGAUGAAGAAAAUGAAUUCAAUAUCUAUUUUCAACGUAAUAAACAUGAAGAACAUGAAGUGGAAGUUUUAAAUGAAGAUUUGGAAAUGAUUGAUAGCAGAAGGCAGUCUGCAGCUAGAUUAUUGUCAAAUUUGACACCAAUUUCAAUUUUUAUGCUUUUUUUUACAAAUGAAAUAUUUAGUCAACUUGUUGAAAAUUCCAAUUUAUAUGCAAUUGAAAAAGGUGCCGGAACAGGAAGAGACUGGUAUCCAUUAACUGUUCCUGAAUUGAAAAUUUGGAUAGCAUUGUUAAUAUAUAUGGGUCCUUUUAAAUUUCUAUCAGUUAAUGAUUACUGGAAUUCAGAUGAUAGAUUUCCAAAACAUAAAAUAACCCAACAUAU